AGCAUCUCAUUCUCUCUCUUUCUAUUUUCGACCGUUGCUCUUCUUUCUUCUCUCACUCUCGUUUCACUCAGAAAAAUGCAAGAAAUGGAGAAACCCAAACCCAACGAAGAAGAGAACAAAAUUGCAGAAACCCCCCUGUCCCCAUCUUCUCCUUCUUCAUCAAAUCUUGAAGCCCAUCCUUACGAUUUCCACGUCAGCGGCCCGCGCAAUCUCUCGUCUCCGAACUGGAGAGAUCUCAUCAGAUCAAGCUGGAAAGACCCCAAAUAUAAAAGAAUGGCGAUGGCCUGCUUCGUCCAAGCAGUCUACUUACUGGAACUCGAUCGCCAAGACAAAAGAGACGAACCCAAUUGCCUGGCUCCGAAAUGGUGGAGGCCCUUCAAAUUCAAGCUCACAAAAACGCUAAUCGACGAUCGAGACGGGUCGAUUUACGGCGCAAUUCUCGAAUGGGAUCGAUCCGCCGCGCUGUCCGAUUUCGUGUUGAUGAGACCCAGCGGAGCUCCGCGAGCAGUCUUGGCUCUAAGAGGCACGUUGCUCAAGAGCCCAACAAUUAGAAGAGAUUUGGAGGAUGAUCUCAGAUUCCUGACUUGGGAAAGUUUGAAAGGCUCCGUGAGAUUCAAUGGAGCUCUUGAAGCGUUGAAAUCUUUAGUGCAGCGUUAUGGAAGUACUAAUGUUUGUGUUGGUGGGCAUUCUCUAGGUGCAGGGUUUGCAUUGCAAGUGGGCAAAGCAAUGGCUAAAGAUGGAGUCUUUGUUGAGUGUCAUUUGUUUAAUCCCCCAUCAAUUUCGUUGGCGAUGAGUUUUAGGAGUAUAGGAGAAAAGGCGGGAUCUUUGUGGAAGAGAGUGAGGUCUGCAUUGCCUUCGAGCAACGCGGGCGAGGUUGAAGGAGGAGAGAAGAAGAGGAUUUGUGCAGAGAUUAAGAAAUGGGUGCCAAAUUUGUAUGUGAAUAAUAGUGAUUAUAUUUGUUGUUAUUAUAGCGAUCCUUGUGAGGAGAAGGCAAAGACUGAUGCAGAGGCGAAAAUUUCGACCCAAAAGGGAAAUGGGGACGUUGCAGCGAGGAUGUUUGUGAUGGCGAAAGGGCCACAGAAGUUUCUAGAAGCUCAUGGACUGGAGCAAUGGUGGGCUGAGGAUAUGGAGCUUCAAAUGGCUUUGAAUCAUAGCAAGCUUAUUAACAGGCAGCUUAGGUCUCUGUAUCCUGCAGUGCAGUAACCCACCAAAGAAUCAGCAGUAACUCUUGUUAAGAGUACUUUUGUUUAGUCUUUGUUCUUAUUGUUCAGUAUCUUUUUUUUUCCCUUCAUAAAUUAAUUCGAUAAAGAGCACAACUCGAAUGAGGUUCGAGGAGUUUGCUGAUCAAUUCUCUGAUGUCAAGCAAUGCCUUUUUGAUCUGAAGUAUUCACUUGUUUAUGCUA